AUUCCAAGGCCAGACUGGGAGCGUGGCUUCCUCCGCGUUGGAACUACGAGUCCCAGGGUUCCCCGCGCGGCGGCGUGCCUCUAGCCCUGCGAGCGGGCACGGAGGGUCGGAGCACGUUGCUAGUGGGCGCGGCUGGCCCUGGGUGGUGGAGGCCUAGUGUUUGCUCGUCCUCCGCUCGGCCGGGUCGCCCUGCCGAGGCAGCUCCUCACGGCCCGUGCGGCGGCAAUCCGUGGAGACGUCCCCACAUCCUGAGAGUUUCUGUAGAAGCUGAAACCCAUCACUGUCCUUCAAAAUGCAAUGGAAUGUACCACGGACUAUGUCUCGGCUGGCACUCAGGACAUUCUUGGAAGCACAGAAAGCCAGGCUCUUUGAUCACCAUUGGCGCAUAAAAGGACCAUUACUUGUGCAUAGAGGUGAAUACAGAGUGGCUUGGACACCACACCUUCGAAAGCAGUGGCUACAUUUAUCUGCUGUUCAGUGCCUUGCAAAGCAAAGGAAUCUGUUAGACGCUCAGCCGCCUCAGCUGGGGACCCUUCGCCAGGAACGAUGGGAGCAGGACAUUUUAUCCAAGAGGGUUUUAUCUUCCAGUUCCACAUCCCAGGAAACUCCAUCAGAAAAGAAGGAAGAAACAGACCCUUUACAAGACAAAUCUAUCAGUCUGUAUCAACGGUUUAAGAAAACAUUUAGACAAUAUGGAAAAGUUUUAAUUCCUGUGCACCUAAUAACUUCUGGGAUUUGGUUUGGAACAUUUUACUAUGCAACUAUAAAAGGAGUGAAUGUUAUCCCCUUCCUGGAGGUCAUUGGGUUACCUGACAGUAUCGUAGACAUCCUGAAAAACUCCCAAAGUGGGAAUGCGCUGACAGCCUACGCCAUGUUUAAGAUUGCAACGCCUGCCCGCUACACCGUGACCUUGGGAGGAACCUCCUUUACCGUGAAGUAUUUGCGAAGUCACGGCUACAUGUCAACCCCACCGCCUGUCAAGGAGUAUUUGCAGGGCAGAAUGGAAGAGACGAAGGAGCUCAUCACAGAGAAAAUGGAGGAGACAAAGGACAGACUCACUGAGAAGUUACAAGAAACCAAAGGAAAAGUGUCCUUUAAGAAAAAAGUGGAAUGAGGGUGCCUUACUACAGAAAAGCCUACACUUUAUCCCUCUGUAGACUCUGGGCAAAGAACAGGUUUCUGAUUUUUUUUUUUUCUUUUUUUGGUUACUUGCCUAAAUGUAUUCAUUCUCUGCGGGUUAAAGAACAAAGAUAGUUUUGGGGUUUUUUUUGUUUUUUAAUUUUUGUUUUUUUAAGUUAAAUAACAAUAGGGAGGAAAAUCAAUGUUUUUUUAAGAUGAGGAAAUGAACCCAGCAUACAACAUUUCUAUGAGAUACAGCAAUAAGCAGUAGUUGAUGUCCUAGAAAUCAGCGUUCUUUUUGCUUCAUUUCUCUGACCCCUGCAGUAAGGCUGUGCUGGGCAGUCCACUCCCAGAGGAACAGUCACUAAGGACCCAGUCCUGUGGGAAUGAACUUACACCAUUCAAGACUCUGGAUGGAGAGACUAGAGACACUCCCUACCACUUACCAUGUAGACCUUAUUUCAAGAAGGUCAUGUUAAAGGAAUCAGUCUUACAUUUAUAAAUAAGAUAUAUUGGCUAUGUAAUGAAAUGGAUCUUUUAAAAUGGUUUUUACCUGGAGCUUGUCAACUUACAUUUUUUUAAAGCCUAUUCCUUUUCAGUCUUGACUGUGCUUGGUGGAUGCUCAAGUGGACUGUCAGACAUUCUUGUAACAUGUGUCUUCUCCAGCUAAUCCUUGGAGAAUCGUGGAAGUUUUAUACUCUUCAUUGUUGCCAUCACAUACAUCAGCAAGUCAGGUUCACUGUUUUUAACUGCAUCAAGCUUUGCAAGACCACUGCUGAUUUCGGUAGAGCAAAAGUCUGUGAGGGAAUGUGGAGGAGCUGGAUGCUCGUGGGUGGUACUCGUAGACCACAGGUGGGAGGAGCACCGCGUGGUUCAUUGGUUUCCAAGACCUCUCCUGCUGCUGCUUCAACUCCUUCAGGAUUCCGGUCUUUUAUCCCUGGUCAAAACAAGAGAUGCCUUUCUGUCACAGAUACCAUUAGUGUUGUGGCUUAGGUUUCUCAUUGGGAGGGGAAAGUACUGCUUAAAUAUUCUGCUUGAUUUUUUUUUUUUUUUUAACAUAGCAAAAAGCUCACUGCUUGUAAUUCAGCGACUGUCAAGCAAGUCCCAUGAUUACAGAGUGUCUUUCUGUUUGUGUGUCUUUCCUUCAGGUCUAGCCCUUGAUUUGACACUGGGGCAAGAAAUGCCUCUUUAGAGAGCAUUGGCUUUGGCUUAGCAUCAGGAGAAUGUCAGAGCCCAUGCCACAUUGCUAUCCCAUUCAGUCUCUGCUUUGUGUCAGACUUUGUCAAAUGCUUAACGUAGCCAAAUUUAGGAAAUGGAGGAAUAACUUCACACUUGAGGCACUCAGUCAUUAUAUUGAAACACCAUUGAAGUAAAAAUGCUAUGGUUGAAGUCUUUCUGGGUUGGAAGAAUUACAGAAGGGAAUUUGUCGGUUCUUUUGUUUGUUGGCAGCCUGAUUAAUCUGAGGCAGAGGUCACUGAGUGAACUGCUACAAACAGACGGCACACGUUCAAAUACAAUGUAAACAUGGCAGCACACUGGAGCCUGCUUAUUAAAUAGUCAGGUACUAAAUGCUGGUGUGUUCGAAUGUCUGCCCUUUGAAGCCACCAAGAAUGCUAUGCCAACAUGUGGUGUUACAUGGAAUUCUUUCUUCUAAAACCUUUUAUCUGUCGUAGUGCGUAACUGGAGAGCUCUUAAGACAUUGCUAACAAUCAUGAGACUGCAACUUUCUUCUCCUGAGUCAAUAUCUUCUGCCUAGUCCAUUGUAGCCUUAUCACCAUCCAGUUUUAUGUCUGGGUCAUGUGUCCCCAGUUAGAGCAGAUGAGGAAAUGCUUGUGUGUGCUUUACAUCUGAUGAAAAUAUUUAUAAUGAUCUGAGAAGUUACAUUGUUACAAUUUGACAUCAGUUGCAUCAUAAAAAUGCUGUUGCCAAUGUAUUAUCUUUAAGGCAAGAAACAGCUUAUAGGCAAACCUGUAAUAUGUUGAUAGCAGACAACAGUAACAUAUCAACUUAAAUUAUCAAAAUGUAUAAUAUAGAUAGAUUUUUGUAUAUGCUGAACUGCAUUUUAUUUAAAGUGGAUCUUGCAUUUCUCUAAGCUGCAAGGGAACCCAGACCGCCAUGCCUGGUGAGCGUAUCCAUCCUUUGAAAGAUACACUCAUGUCAUAAAUGGAGCUGACUGAGAUUUAAUGUUUUCAGUAUGAACAAAAAGCAUUUGCCUAGCAAAUUAAGUUCAAAUGAAGGCUUAGUCUGUUGAAGAAUAAAGCAUAAAACCAGCCGUUUAGAAUAUCACAUCAUUAUUGAGAGCCUUUUGUGCAAAAUGGGGUGCUAUUCAAUUUCACCAAAGGGAAAGAUGUAUGUUGGGAUUAGCUGCCUCCCACAGUGAAAUAAUAAAACUAAGCCCUCCAGUAUAUUCCCCUGAGUUUUCCACUGUAAAUCUGCCUCCAUCUUCUUUACAGAGGAAAGAGCUACGUUCCUCAUGCUCAGGGGAAGGAGCGGGUUAGUUCCUUGGUUCUGUGGUCUUCAACCAUGGUUCUGGGAAUUUUAAACAUCUUUAGACUUUGGGCAGAAGAGGUGUUUGAAGAAAAGAAGGCUGUGGUUUAGACACAUUGAGCUGCUUUUACUGUUCUCUGCACCGUGUGCAAGUCUUCAGGAUUUCAUAAUGGCUUUGGAUAAAAAAUCCACUACCAGGAGGGGCUAGAGUGACCUCACAAAUCACCUUUUCCUGUGCCUUGUGAGAUAGAGGAGAUUUUUGCAGUAUACACAUACAAUUUUGAAUUACUAAAGGGCUUCUAAAUAGAGGUUGCUAUAGAAUUAAAGGAAUAAUGUUUUGGUAGCUACAGUUCAUUUGUUAAUAUUUGUUUCAGAUUUUCAAAACUGGGUCUGCAUACGACCAAAAAUAAGGCAAAUUUAAAUGGUCAAAAGUUCUCCCUGACCUAUUUAAGUGCCCUUCCUGCACACCAUUCAGUUGUUGGCAUCAAGAACUCACUGUUGAGUUGACUUAAGCAGAGGUGUGAUGUCAGAGUCCUCGGCACCUUGGCCUUAGGCCUGACUAGCACAGGAGCUUGUGGUGAGGAUGUGUGGGUCUUGGAGUUGGAAACUUGCAGAACAGGGGCAGGAGAAGCAGUGGGAAGGGUGUCAAGUAUUCUUCAAAUAGUAACUGUGCUUGCUCUCCAUUGGCCCAUGUGUAUGGUAUUUGCCAAUUUUGAAUUGAGUAGGGUAUCCAUUAAAAAAAAGAAAGGGAAGGAAAGAAAGAAAAGUCAUAUACCCAAGGGACAGCAAAGUCUGGACCUCAUGUCUUUCCUGAUGACCGGAAUGGCCUCAGGACACUUCUUUCCCAGAAUCCCUCUUUCACCAUGAACUUUGGCCUUUUAAAGAGACCGUCCUCUUAUACUCUGAGCUUCUCACAGGUCAGUGCUGAGUGAGGCUCACUGAGUUGAUUUUCCCUCUGGGUUUUUUUUUUUUUUUUCCUUUCCCUUUGUGACGUCUGUGUCCUUUGUUCGUUCUAACCAAUCAGUACAAGUUGAUAUUUCCUGUGUCUCCAGGAUUGAGCUUUGAAAAUUAAGGUGUAUUCUUCCUUAUACAGCAUUGGUAGUCACUAACAGUAAUUACGGAUCCUGAGUAUCCCGCGGCAAUUAUUUGGUUAUUUUGAUAAGAAUGAUCCUCUUAGCAGGAAGAAUGCACCCUGAUUGCAGAACCCUUGAGGGCAGAGUGGGACA